GGCAUGUGCUGGAAAUCACGCGAUUUCAUUCCGUUUCCGAAAUUGCAAAUCGCAUGAAUUAGUUUGGGGUGUGCUGAAUUCCACGCGAUUUCAGUGAAGUUCGAAGUUAAGUUCGAAACAGCUGAUUGUCAGAGAAAAGAAAAAAUUUGUUUAAUUUUGAGUUGAAGAUUUGUGUUAAAAUGAGCGUUUUCAUUCUUUCUGCUUAUUUAUUGAAUCAAAUGAACUGGAAAAGUGAUGAAAAUGUUGCGCGACGACUUUUAAGAGACCACUCCAAUCCUUUGGAUAUUCCAGAGCCUGUUUUUAUUUCGUACUACAGGAUAAACAAAGAAGCCUUUCGGAAUGUAGUUAACGAUAUUAAGCCUUUAAUACAUCUGUCGUCCAUACCUGUUGAGUUGAAAUUAGCAACCACGUUGAGAUUUCUUGCGGAAGGAGGAUUCCAACGGUCUAUUGGAAAGGAUUCACAUAUUGCAUGUGAUAGGACGACGGUGUCAAAAAUUUUAAAAGAGAUGUUAAACGUUUUAGAGCGAACACAAUGUCCAAAGUGGGUAAAGUUUGGAAGGACACAUUAUGAAGUUCGUCAGUCCAAUUUACAUUUUUACAACAAAUUUGCUAUACCUGGCGUUAUUGGCUGCAUCGACGAGACUCACAUCAAAUUACUAAAACCUUGCGACAAUGAGCAUUUAUAUUUAAAUAGGAAAGGUUGUUUUAGCGUCAAUGCUAUGAUAGUAAGUUAAAUAAUAUGGCUUUCAUACUAUUGUAUAUACAAAAUUAAUAUUAACGCUUUUGCAGGUAUGUGACUAUAAAAUGAGUAUAACA